AUGUCCGAAGAGCGUGGUCGCGACCAGAGAAUCUCGACUGGCCGCGGUGGCGCUGGCAACCUCGUGCGCUCCGUCAGCAGGGGUCCCGACCCCGACGUCAUCCCUGGAGCCGAGCGCGGUCGAGAACUGCGUGACCCGUCCGUCGAGAGAGUCACUCAUGCCGGACGUGGUGGUGCUGGCAACAUUCGCUCGCCUUCCCGCGACCCCAAGCGCACUGCUAUCGAGGAGGCGAACGAAGACGCUCUUCAGGAGCAGCUCAUUGCCGAGCGACGUGGUCGCGAGGCCGACCUCCCCACCUCGAGCGGCCGUGGUGGGGCCGGGAACAUCAGCUCGGCCGCGUCGCGCUCACGUUCUCGCUCCGCCGUCCGCGACACGAACAGCUCGCCGGCUAGGAUCCGCGAGGCGUCUCGCACCCGUCUUGGUCCUACCCACGCAGGACGCGGAGGUUACGGCAACAUCACCGAAGACAUUGCUGAGGAGGACCUGGAGCGGCGCGCUCAGGAGCAGCGUUACGAGCAGGAAGUGCGCAGGAAGUACGAAGAAGAGGAAGUUGGCAAGCAGUGA